AUGCCGACCAUCACCGUCAAGAACAACUCUUCCCACUCCCAAACCUUCCUGGUCCAUGGCUUCCAGGGCGGCAACAACCCGGGGACCAUCAAUGUCAAAGGCAACGGCGGCACCGCGACCGUCAAGAGCCCGGACAAGAAGCAGGUCUCCGGUGCCAUCAUCGCCACCCACGGGGGCCACGAGGGCGAGCAGGCCGAGGUCACCUUCAACGGCUUUCCAGAGGGCAAGAACCAAUACUACGACAUCAGCUACAUCGUCGGAGGCGGCGGAAAUCUGACGAUCGAGCAAAAGGGCGCACCCAGCACGCGCAAGGGCGAUGCAACCUUCAUGCAGGACUGUAACGCGGCGUGGCAGAAGCUGUCCGCCGACAAGAAGAAGUCGCUGCAGCGAUUCGUGCACCUUGACUCCAAGGGGAAGGUCUCGCGCAUCGAUGCACCCAAGAACGACCGAGGACUUGAGGACUGGGUGAGGACCUUUGCUCACGGCGUUUACGUUGGAGUCGGGGCGUGGAAGGACGACAAGGGAAACGAGGAGGACAACAAGCAGAGCAGUGCGACUCCUGGUGGAAACAAGGACUUGUUGGUCGUGUUCACUGAUAACAAUGAUAACUGA